AUGGCGUCAAAGCUGGAUUCCCUACACCCUGCGGAUGUGGCUGAUAUUUUAGAGGCCUUGCCACUCGACCAGCGCUUGGAUGUUUGGGAACUGGUCAAGGUUGAGCGUGAUGGCGAUAUCUUGCUGGAAGUUUCAGAUGCUGUUCGCCAAACGCUCAUUGCGGACAUGAACUCGGAUGAGUUGCUGGCUGCUGCCGAGCAACUGGACACCGAUGAGUUAGCAGACUUAGCGCCAGACUUACCUAAAGAUGUGUUGCAAGAUUUGCUGGAUAACUUAGAUGCGCAAAAUCGUGCGCGUUUGCAAUCAGCACUAUCGUAUUCUGAAGAUGCUGUUGGCGCGAUUAUGGACUUUGAUAUUGUCACGAUACGUGAAGAUAUUACACUUGAAGUCGCCUUGCGUUACAUGCGCCGCCUUGGUAGUUUGCCAGACCACACGGAUAAGCUUUUUGUGGUAGAUAGAAAUGAAAUUUUACGUGGCGUUCUACCGUUAAAGUUGUUAGUUGUGAGCGAUUUAGAUGCCAUUGUAUCUGACAUCAUGUCUGACGAUGCGGUGACUUUUCACCCUGAAGACAUUGCGGAUGAAGCCGCCAAAGCGUUUGAGCGCUAUGACUUAGUCACAGCACCCGUAGUGGAUGUCAAUAAUAAACUGGUUGGGCGUGUGACUGUGGAUGCGGUGAUGGAUUUGAUUAGGGAGGAAGCUGAAAGUGAUAUGCUUUCAAUGGCCGGCUUGCGUGAAGAAGAAGACUUUUUCGCGUCCGUUUGGAAGUCUGUACAAAACCGUUGGGCUUGGCUGGCCAUUAACCUAGUGACAGCUUUAGUGGCUUCGCGCGUGAUUGGCCUAUUUGAAGGCUCUAUUGAGAAAAUUGUUGCACUUGCAGCCUUGAUGCCCAUUGUGGCUGGCAUUGGUGGCAACUCUGGUAACCAAACCACCACGAUGAUAGUGCGAGGGCUCGCUUUAGGCCAAGUGGCUUCGCACAAUAUGCAAUCACUCAUUACCAAAGAGCUAGGUGUGGCCUUGCUCAAUGGCCUUCUCUGGGGUGGUGUUUUGGGCGUGAUUGCUACUGCCAAAUCCGCCUUCACCGCGGUCACUUGCAUCAAAAUCAUCUACUACGUGAAACUCCGCCUGCACCACGGGCACAAUGACUAA